AUGCGCAGCACUGCACAACUUUAUCCUCCGCGCUAUGACGACGCGGACGAGAUCCGUGACCGGCUACAUGACUCUCUCGUUGCCUUCCUCGAGGCAGCCGAGAUCCCAAAAGAGAUGUGGACCUUUUACUUUUGGGUUUCCGGCAUCGCCGAGCCGUCGGAAAUGUUCCAAGAUGGGGUCAGCAAUGGCGAGGCUGACCGCUUUGUCGUGCUGUAUACGACAAACAUUGGCCUUGCUGGGCAUUCGACCGGACUCGUGUAUGAUCAGCGCACCCACCGUGCCACAAUGGCGCUUGGAAUAGAAGAUCUCGACUUUUCACAGCCACCCGAGCAGCAUAGCGACCUUUGGCACCCGCUGGAGACGGUGCUCACCCAGUGGAUUGAGAUGAUCCGCAUCGGAAAGAUCACGGCAUCCCCAGAGGACGAAGGCGAUGGCGACGAUAGCGACGAGCGUGUUGGGAGUGAAGAGGGUGAUGCGGCCGGCAAUAGAAUAGAAAAGGCCACAAACGAAAAGUUGGGGCCUUGGACAUGGCACGCAUACAGCGCAACGCAGGUCGACAGCGCCGUUGCUGCAUCCAACAGGCUAGCCUCUGCCAUUGAGAGCCGCAUGCCCGAGGGCUCAUUGCUGCCGGAAAGCGCCAGUCCUCUGCUCCGCGACGCCGACUUGGAUGCUGCUGCCGUGCCAGCCAACUGCUUCAUACGAAGCUUCUUAACCCACAUACGUCCGCCUCGGUUCAGUACUAUUGCGCCCGGCCUACUUGUGCCGCACGAUGCGGCGCGCUUUGCUCGCCAGCAGAGAUUCACGCGCAUGGACUACGCCUCUGCAGACGACGGCCAGCACAUUAUACCGCCGGUACUGAUCUUUUCCGCCGAGGGCGACCGCACUGUCAACUUUGACUCGGACAGCCGAUACAUCUCGCACAAUCCCUUCUGUCGGGCUUUCGCUGAUGGUGUGCCGGCCGGAGACCAUUCCGUACCGGCAGGCCUCUACAGCGAGUCGGUGGAGCGCACUGCUGUCGACAAUGCCGAAGAAGGUUUCCGGCUGCUCCUGCCGUAUUGUCUUCGCGAAGCCGGCCAGGAGGACUCUGGGGCCAAGAAGAGUGAUGGUGGUUACGUCGAAAAGAAGAGUGUCGCCGACUUGUUUCAGCAUGGUUUCAAACCGUUUGGGGGUGAAUGGUGGAGGGCGCAGCGGCUGGAGAGGCUCUUUGAUCGCUGGCGAGAGUUGGUCGAGAGUCGCGUCUGGGCCGUUUGCGAGACAGGGGUCCAGGGAUCGAUUGAUAUAUUCAAGGACGCCGACACCACGAGAACCCGAGACUACUGGAUUGCACCCAGUUGGUGA